AUGGGUACUGGGAAUGGUACCAAAAACAAAAAGAUGGAUGAUACAAGCAUUCCCAAAUUUAUUCUUGGCAACUGUGUAACACUCCUUCCUACCUUUUGUGUCCUCAUGCGUUAACCCUCUAUUAGUCGCCUAGGCACAGAUACCAUCACCCUCUCCAUUGGCUCAAACCGCGACAAGCUUAUUGUCCACAGGCAACUCAUCUGCACUAUACCUUUCUUCCAAAAGGCAUUUCAGGGGAAUUUCAAGGAGGGAACUGGCGAAAUGGAUCUUCCAGAGGAUAAAUCAGAAGUUGUGUUUUUACUCACUGAUUGGCUUUAUCGGGGAGUGGUUCAAGCGAUUAAUACUCAAGCCCACCUUGAUAACUUUUAUGGUCUUUAUAGUGAGUUAAUUCCCAACAACACAUGGGUUGCAUUGAGUUAAGGCUAAAAUCCCCGUUCUAGUGUUUGCCGAAAAGAUCUGCGAGGAGAGAUUGAUGGAUAUGACAAUCGACGCAAUCCAAGACGUAUCCCUAGUUCGCGAUGUCUACAUCUCUCCCAAGCAGCUCUUCCACAUCUACCAGAACACAUCUUACAGAUCACGUCUCCGCAAGUUCGCUCUAUGCUUGUACAUCCAAGGCCUUCCCAGCUCGCUCGAGUCAUCGCAGGAUCUUGAUGCGGAUCGCAAGUUCAUCGCAGAGGUCCAGGAAUACAUGAAACAGAAUGAGGAGAUGAAUUUCGAUAUCAUGUACUGGGCUAUGCAGCUUGGUGCUAUGCGUAAGUACUUUGAUUUCCGCAAACGUGGCGAUGAAGACCUCAAAUUUGUCAAGGCGGAUUCCCCUUGCUACUUUCAUAAGCAUAAGAAGAAUGAUAUGUGUUAUUUGGAUAUGACAAAGGAGCAGGUGGCUGCCAAGAAGGAAUACCAGCAGGUUUGGGGCCUGCAAUCAGGAAAGCUUUUCUUGGGCUGGGGAUGA